UCAGAAACCCUCCAAAGUAUCAUCAGCGCUCCUGUUUCUCUGUGAUGAUGUCGGAGGACCUUCUAAACACUCUGGAAGAUCUGGGAGAUGAAGAGUUUAAUAAAUUCAAGUGGUUCCUACAGCAGACCGACGUCAUUCAAGGCCCCAUGACCAUCAAGAAGAGCCGACUGGAGACAACAAGCAGGUGGGACACCGUGGACUUGAUGGUGCAGACCUACAGACUUUCUGGAGCUGUUGAGGUGACCAGAAGGGUUUUAAAGAGGAUCGGCAGGAAUGACCUGCUGCUCAGUUUGUCUGUUAUCAGGCCCAGACCCGAAGUGAAUGUCAGUGAUUUGACCUCUCAGGCUCCUCUUCCUCAGACUGAAGAUGUGAUGGUUCCAGUACCAGAGCCUCAACCCAUCACGCAUUACCAACAGAUGCUUCGAUCAAACUUCCAGGACAAGUUUAUGUGUGCACAAGAAGGGUGGGCAGAAGAUAAACAGCGUCUGGCUGAUAUCUACACAGAACUAUACAUCACAGCUGGGUAUGACAUACAUAUCAACAUACAGCAUGAGGUCCGGCAGAUUGAAAAGGCAUGGAAGCCGGAAGAAACAGAGAAAGCCGUUAAACCCACAGACAUAUUCAAACAUCCUUCUGGAGAAUACAGACCCAUUAAAACAGUGAUGACCAAUGGAAUCGCAGGAAUUGGAAAAACAUUCCUUGUUCACAAGUUUGUGUUGGACUGGGCUGAACAAAGAUACAAUCAAGAUGUGCAUCUGGUUUUCCCCUUCACCUUCCGUCAGCUGAAUCCACUGAAGGGAAAAAAAUUCAGUUUGGCAGAGCUCAUUCAUGAAUGUAUCCCAGAAACUGUAGGCAUCACAGAGGAGGCUCUUAAUUACAUCUUUAAAGAUAUUCAGUCAUCGGGAAUUACCAACUAUGACAAAAGUAAAUUCAAACUUCUGUUUGUGCUUGAUGGGCUGGAUGAGAGCCGCCUUCAUCUCGACUUUCAUUCUGAAGAUAUUCGCUCUGUCGAUGUAACAAAGUCAACUAAAACAGAUGUCUUGUUGAAAAAACUCAUCAAUGGAAAAUUGCUACGGUCUGCUCGCAUCUGGAUAACCACACGGCCUGCAGCAGCCAAUCAGAUCCCUCGAGAGUUUAUCAGCAUCUUCUGCUGGAUCAAUGCUACAGUUCUAGAAGAUGUGCUGAAAACAAGAGGAGGACAGCUGCCCAAGACCCUGACUGAGAUGUACGCAGAGUUCCUGGUGUUUCAGAUUGAUCGGACAAAAGAAAAGUAUGGCCCACAGAAAAGCAUUGAAUACAUUAAGUCAUUAGCAAAACUGGCCUUUCAGCAACUGGACAAGGGCAACCUGAUCUUCUAUGAAAAAGAUCUGAGAGAGAGCAGCACUGAUGUUAGUGAAGCCUCGGUAUGCUCAGGAGUGUUCACAGAGAUCUUCAAAGAAGAGCGAGGAAGGAAAGGGAAAGACGGGAUGUUCAGCUUUGUCCAUCUGAGUGUUCAGGAGUUUCUGGCUGCUCUUUAUGUAAGGAUGUCACUUAGUAACAGCAACAUAAAUGUCAUGCCUUUACCACAACCAUCACUGAAAAACCUUCGACUGCUUUUAAGGAAGACAUCUUCAAAGAAGAUCCACAUGAUUUCCAUUGACAGGGCCUUGCAGAGUCCAAAUGGACACCUGGACUUAUUCCUUCGCUUCCUCCUGGGUCUAUCACUGCAGACCAAUCAGGAUAAACUGCAGGACCUUCUAAUGAAGAAAGACAGUGGCACAAAGACCAAUCAGAAAACAGUCCAAUACAUCAGGAAGAAGCUCAGUGAGAAUCUGUCUCCGGACAGAUGCAUCAAUCUGUUCCACUGUCUGAAUGAGCUAAAUGAUUGUUCUCUGAAAUACUCUGCUUCAGAGGAGGCUCUUCUGAGGCUGUUGCCAGUUGUAAAAGCCUCCCACAGAGCUCUGCUAAGUGGCUGCAAUCUGUCGGAAAGAAGUUGUGGAGCUAUGUUAUCAGUCAUCAGCUCACGGUCGACUAAUCUAAGAGAACUGGACCUGAGUAACAAUGACCUGUGGGAUUCUGGAGUGAAGCUGCUGUCUGUGGGAUUGGAGAGUCUACACUGUACACUGGAGGCUCUGAGGCUCUCGGGCUGUCUGAUCACUCAGGAUGGUUGUACUUCUCUGGUAUUAGCUCUGAACUCCAACCCCUCCCAUUUGAGAGAGCUAGACCUGAGCUACAAUCAUCCAGGUGACUCAGGCAUGAAGCUGCUGUCUAGCUUACUAGAUGAUCCACGCUGGAGACUGAACACUCUUAGGCUGGACCACGGUGGAGAGCAGAGGCUGAAACCUGGUCUGAGGAAGUAUUCCUGUGAUCUUAAACUGGACACAAACUCAGUGCACAGAAAACUUAAACUGUCCGACAACAACAGAAGAGUGACGGCAGUAACAGAGGAGCAGCCUUAUCCUGAUCACCCAGAGAGGUUUGAGUACUGGCUUCAGCUGCUGUGUACAAAUGGUCUGACUGGUCGCUGUUACUGGGAGGUCGAGUGGAGCGGAGAGGUUCACGUUUCAGUGACUUACAGAGGAGUCGCGGGGAGAGGAGGCAGCAAUGACGGCAGGUUUGGAGCAAACAGUCAGUCGUGGAGUUUGAGGUGCUCCGAUGCUGAUCGGUACUCUGUGUGUCACAAUAACAGGAGAACAGACCUCUCCUCCUCCUCCUCCUCUGUCUCUAACAGAGCAGCAGUGUAUAUGGACUGUCCUGCUGGCACUCUGUCCUUCUACAGAGUCUCCUCUGACACUCUGAUCCACCUCCACACCUUCAACACCACAUUCACUGAACCUCUUUAUCCUGGGUUCUGGUUAUUGUCAUACGGUUCUUCAGUGUCUCUUUGCUCUCUGUAGCGGGGGAAGCCUCCACAGAACCGCUUCAGCUCAGGGUGGUACUCAAAAAUCAGUAAACCUGAUGGGUGUGGGUCAUUUGACCCAGGACUCUGACUUUCUUUUGUUUUGGUGAUUGUUAUGUAUAAUGAUUUUAGGUUCAUUAGUUAGUCUUGAGGUGAUUCUGAGUUCGUUGUUCCCUGUUUACUGCUUUGUGUGUUAGGCUCCCGUGAUGUUUUGGUCUCUCCUGUGUUUCCAGUUUGUUGUGUCAUCUGUUGUAAGAGCCAAUUAAAGGCUGGUUUCUUGGUACUGG